CCCGUACUCCGCUAGCGCUAGCGCAGUCGCGCGGGCGGCCGCGAUGGUAGCCACACUCCCAUUGGUCCGCGCGCCGACUCGUAGCUUCUCCUGUUAAGCGCGCCGCGAUUGGCUGCCGAGGAAGCGUUGCGGUUUGUGGACUCCGUCGAGAGUCUCCCGGCAAAAUGUUGAAAAUGCGACUGGUGUUGUCUCGGGAAAAAGGAAGCGCGUAGCGCGAUUUCUUUCCCACUGGAAUACGCACGAAGAACGCUCGUCUACGGUCCAACAAUCCCGAUGAGAUGAUUGUGAAGCAACCAUGCCUACUAGUGGCUCUUCUCCUCUGCCUACGGAGUCCCCAGUCAGAUGCAUCUGGGAUGCCAUCACAGGAGCCGGAGCACAUGACGGCGUUGCUGGGGCAGGAUGUGAUCUUACACUGCCCCUUCGAAUACCCGGAUGGCAUGCCAGUGCCCUAUCUUGUCCAGUGGCACAAAAAAGACCACAAGAUACCUAUUUACAUCUGGUACGACGGGUACCCACCACAUGCGGCCGAUGACUACAAAGAACGCAUUUCACUUUCGGGUCAGUCAUCACUGAACCUGACAAAUGUGCGCGAGUCAGACAAGGGCUGGUAUGAGUGCAAGGUCUUCUUCCUCAACCGGGAAACUAUUCGUAAUGGAACUUGGAUCUACCUUGACGUACUUGCUCCACCACACUUCAAGUCCAAGCCAGAACAGAUAAUCUAUGUGAAGGUGGGCGAAUCGGUGGUGCUUCCCUGCGAAGCUGAGGGCACCCCACCUCCCACCAUCAUAUGGUACAAGGACAACCUUCCGCUGGAAGAGAGCACCAACACCCAGAUCCACCCAACGGAGCUGCGCAUUUCCAACCUGCGCCAGACAGAUGUGGGCGACUAUACCUGCAUGGCUCGCAACUCGGAGGGCAGCGACUCAGCGCUUGCCAAGGUCAUCGUGGCUGGCCCUGCAGUGAUCACCACCCCUCCACAAAACCUAACGAAGCUGGAGGGAAACUUUGCAGAGUUUGUGUGUGAAGCACGUGCAUUGCCCUCCAACAUCACUCAUCGCUGGUUCUACAAUGGGGUAGAGAUCUCCAAGUUGACCUGGCUGCAGACACGUACGCUUGUACGCCAGGAUGGCACACUGUUUAUAAACCCCACUGCAGCGGAUGACUCGGGCUUCUACACCUGUGAGAUCUCAAAUGGCAUUGGCCAACCUGAGUCUGCUACUGCCUACCUCAACAUCGAGUACCCAGCAAGGGUGAACUUCACGCCAGCCUUCCAGUACAUGCCUCUGAACCUGUCAGGAGUGGUGCGCUGCUACAUCCAAGCCAACCCGCCCAUUCAGUUUGUCACCUGGUUCAAGGACAACCGGCCCUUUGAAGCCAAUGCCCUAAAUGGUGUUGUCAACCUGAGCAAUGGCUCACUCUUCUUUCAGCGUGUGUCGUAUGAGCACCAGGGACGCUACCUGUGCUCUCCUUUCAACAUCCACUCCACAGGAGGGUCUUCUGCUGUCAUGGAGGUGCUUGUCCGUGAGCCACCCAUGUUCUCAGUGAAGCCCAAGGAGCUGUACCAACAGCCGAGAAACACGGAGGUCACCAUGCCUUGUGAAGGCAAGGGGCACCCUCCGCCAACCAUCUCUUGGAGGAGAGCGGAUGGCAAGAAGCUACCCAAAAAUCGUCACAGUGUGAGUAAAGGAAAGCUGACCAUUCGGAGCCUGCAGAAGGAGGACCACGGACGAUAUGAAUGUGUACUGCAAAACGACGUCGCCACCUUGGUCACCAGCACCCUUUUGCUGGUCGAGAGCACAACACCACAUGCACCUACCAAUGUGUCGGUGAACACUAGCGCCUUUGCGGCCACUGUCUCUUGGCUGCCGGGUUAUGACGGGGGCCACCCACAGACCUAUGUCCUCUGGUACCGGCUCGUGGGGCAAGGUGAUGCUGAGUGGCGCACCAUCCGAGUGUAUCCGGACAACGCCAUCACACUGACCAUCCAUAAUCUACAACCUGAGUCUCAGUAUGAGUUCCAGGUGCUUUCGCGCAAUGCCUUUGGAGAUGGACUUUACAGUGACAUUGUGCGCGCAAACACUACCAAGUGGAACUACAUUGAAGGUGCCUACCCAACAGAUGCGUAUGGCUCCACCUACAUCCCCACUGUGAACAGGACCCCGACAGCCCCCCGGCUUCCUCCUUCUACCUCGUCCUCCCCUCCUUCACCAUCUCCGUCACCAGGUCCCAAGCCGUCUGCGCCGCGCAAUGUAACGGUACGCGAGACUUCUGCUGGGGUGCUGGUCACAUGGUUGCCGCCAGUCAACUCAUCGGUGCCUAUCGCCUUCUACUGUGUGGAGUACCGGUCGCCAGACAAGCCAUGGGCACGCAGCACCAACAUCAUGACUGGCAGCGAGUACACCAUCACUGACUUGCCUGAGGGGACCAAGUUCUACAUCCGCGUCUCAGCCUUUUCCAUUACCUCUGCCUUUGAGUCAAGCCCCGAAAUACUACUUACCCUGGCAGGCUGCUGUGUUUCAGACCGGGGCCCCAAGUACAAGCGGGACCAGGCCAUCAUUUCGGGUGUCGUCGGUGGCGUGCUCUUCUUCAUCGUGGCCAUCAUCCUCUCGGUCUGCGCUGUCAAGAUCUGCAACAAGCGCAAGCGGCGGAAGGCCGAGAAGGCGUACAUGAUGGUGACAUGCCCUGUAGCAGAUGCUCGUAAUGGAGGCCACUCACAUGGGGGCAGCCCUGUCUCACUUAAAAAACACCCGGAAGGCCGAAUACCAGGUGUAGUGGUGACUGGUGUAGCGGGCCCGGGACCCUGGUGGCCGGUCCCCCCUGAGCCCCCUCCGGCAGCCCCAACAACUCGGCGGCCCGUCAUUGCAGCAACCACGCCGCGGGCAAGCAGCCCGGGCUUCCAGCUGCUGCUGCAGGGCUUCCCCGAUGACUUGAGCCCUGUGAGUGGUGGUGACCGGUCACUGCCCAGCACGGUGCCAUCGAGUGCCGCCUUCUCGACGCCUCCGUCCCGUGAGCCUCCUUGUGGCUUCCGGCCCAUCCAUGCGCCCCCUGCCAUCGUGCCCCGCGCUAGUGUCGCCACUGGCAACACCGGCCGGCAGCCACCUCUAGCCACAAGCUCACCGCCUUGCCUUGGCUAUAAAAAUGGCGGCAGCGGCUACACCCGCGAGCGCCUGCUGGGUGCAGUGCAGCGCGUCCGGUGCACGGCCCUCCGCCACCACAGUGCUCCUGAGCUGCAGAUGACGGUCUCAGCAGGCAGUACGGCAAAUGCGGGGACCGCGGCUGUGGCGGCGUCGAGGCCUGAUUCAGCAAGCUUGACAAGUGGUAGCUCUGGACGUGGCAGCUCGGCUGGCGCGGCCCGCGGUGACUCUCUGCAGGGAGAGCUGCGUCCAGCAGCAGCCAAUCUGGUGUCGUCAUCUCUGGUGCCGCCUCGGGACCAGUCGGUGGACGAGAACUACGAGUUUGACCCAGCUUUGAGCCCUGCGUUGGGUGACGAUGAUGACGCGUGGCGCGGACUGAGUGACAGUGAGCUCUACAGCACCGCCUGGGAUGCUGAGACCCGCUGUGCAGCAUUGAAGCGCGAGUUCUUGCGCCGACGCCGGCGGCCGCUUGAGAGCGCCUGCUGAGACAAAAAAGGGGGUCUCCUACUCCUCUUCCUAGUCACGGAAGCAAUAACGCGCCGACUCGCCUACACCAAUGUCACAAACGGCACAUCCUAUAAGGGCUAUGCUGUAGUGGCCUUUCGUGGCAACUCACCUUGUUGCUGCAACCAGUGUCAUCUCGAGCUGCUCCCUGCCUUCACUUGCAUCUGAUGACAUUCUAAAGCCAUAUAUGUGGGCCUACCUGUGGCUGACAAAAUGCUGUUAACUUGUGGUGCAAGUGUGUCAUCAGUCUGCUGUGGGAGAUGCUGCACUAGCACAAGAUCUUGUGGCUUGCCACGAAAGACCACUGCUUCACACUUCCUGUACCCACAUCAGCUCAAUGCGGCGAUGACAACCCAUGUACAGACUGACGUGCUGUGGCCACCUCAGUUGACGAGUGCUGGACGCUCGUGUGCGACAGUCCGAGGACGCUUCUACUUUUGUGGUGCUCGUGCAAUGCACAUAGAAGGUGGCAAGCAUGCAAAUUUUUCUUUCUUUUCUCUUCUCAUGCGCGUCACCGACAUAGUACAAGGGCUUCUCAGUUUAUUACUACACUGGCUUCACUUUGCGCGCUCUGAACCCCUCCACCCUCUGGAAUGAGAUACUUUUUUUUUCGGGUGGACCGACUCACCAGCUCUUGCGAUAAAGGGAGUCUAGGGAGCUUGUAUGCAUGUAAAUAGACUGAGGAGAAAAGAAGGUGGUUGUUGCAGAGCGUCGUAGUUCUCGUAAUGUUAGUCCCCAGAAGCACAGAACUGUAGACACCAAAACAAAGAAUUGUCUUCUUUCUUUUUUUCGCAGUUGCUUCGCUGUGUAACUUAUGGGAUGAUGGUGCCCCAUGGCACACUACGCCUGCACACAUUCCAAGGUCACCUCCAUGCUCCACAUAUACACCGUCGUAACAAUUCCUUAAAAGAAAAGCACACAGGCACAUACUACAACCUAAACCCACGACAUCCAUGUGAGACACACACAUUCCUUGUAGAAUUUACAGCAAGAGUCAAAAUUUUAUUGUAGGCUGUCACAUCACAAUACAUAUAGUGCAAAUUAUGCAGCACUACUUGUUGCUGUCUUAAAUACAAAGAUGGCUAAAAAAUUCAUCUUAUGUUCGCCUCUUGUGCUGGCACUCAUGAAGGCGGACAGGCAGUAAGAGACUUGGGCAAUUUGCAGCCAGAAUUUCUUUACAUGCAAGUGCUGUACAUAAUAUUAUGCAUCAUAUAACUUUUCUUGCUUUUGGCUGUGGUAUUUUAUUUUCUAAAUUUUUUAUUUCGUGUUUUUGUCCAACACUUGCUAAGGAUAUCCAUGUGAGGCUGAAGUCUAUUGGUUAUGAUGUCUGUCUGAAGUGUUUUUGUGGAGAGUUUACAGAAUGCUGUUAUGUUUGUGAACUUUGCAACCACAUGUUCGUAGAUUAGUUUUUUGCAGGCAAUUAAAUCAAGGGGUCUUUAUGACUUUUAUUAGUUUGGAGGGGUCUUUAUGACCUUUAUUAGUUUGGAUGCAUUGCUAAAGUCUCUUUGUAGUUGAGUAAACAAUAAGUUUUCUUGCUGUGUUAGAAUUAUUAUAAUUUUUACAAAUGCUGCAGCCCAUGAUACCUCAGGGAUUAAAGGAUGCUUUAAAGGUGCCUGUGACAUUAAGGGGCCUUGACUUCCUUGAUGUUUCAGUGAGUUUUCUUCUGUUUCUUUCUUUUCAACCUGUCCUUAACCAUCACAUACUGGAGAUAGGAGCUUAGUUUUCAGUUUAUUUGCGUGUCAGGCUGUCUUGAAAUGAGCUUUGCAAAUUUCAAAAGUCUCUUAUUGCUUCGUGCCCUGCUGAUAUUCAAAGAUUUGUCUACGCAGCAACCUGCAAGGCUGCUACGUUAAGUCAGCCAGCGGUCAUCUUGAACAGAUUGCCCACCCUGACACAAAUGAAGUGGAAGUAUAUGUUAAAGAACUGCCACUGUAGGCUUCUAGAGCCAGAACUAUACAUAAGGUGCAGCAGCAGCAUUUUGCAGUCAGCCACAUGGUGACAUGAUGACUUUGAUACCUUUAUUAUUGCUUUGCUCCAAAUAAUAUUGUAAACAGUUAUGUAUACCUGCCUUGUUAUGUAGCUGAGAACCAAAGUGUCUGUUCCUGGUCAUGUGUGUCAUGGAAGUAGUCUUGGAGACAUCCAUUACACACAACAAUAAAAGGUGACAUUUUAAGGCAGGUAAAGUGCAUAAAGCAUGGAAAAUGUCGCCUUGCCAACUAGCUUGGGUACAGACCCUAGAACAAUAGAAGGCACAGUAAAAAUAAAAUGUUCAGAAAUAAUCUAAGGGGAUGCUUAAGAUAAAUGCCUAAUCAUGUGCUGCAAUGGCCAUAUUUCUUUUAAUUCAGUAAGCACAUUUUUCUUUUUUUUUUGCGUACAUGUUAAAAGUUACCCAAUUUGAAGUCUGACCUUUGGCACUGAUGAUCAUUGAUAUCAUUGUGUGAUGUCACAGAUUUCUUACUCCAUCACAUAUUUCAAUCCUCUGUGCACGAAAUGUGUGCAGAGGUUGAAAAUUUGAGGUGGUGUUGCUGCCACUUCUUCACCCCCCCAUCAUUUUUAAAAAUUUUUGUUGUUUUAUGGUACUGUGCAAUACUUUUGGAAUAUUUGCAAAACAAACUCUGUUGUAGCUGUAUGUCAUUUCAAGGUUGAUUUUACAUGCCUUGAAUGCAAUGCAGUUUACUUAUAACAAUGAUGAAAAUUCAAAAUAUGGUAUCAUUGAACUAGAUAUUUGAUGUAGAUUGAAUUUCAUGUACAUCCAAUACUAUAUGAUGCAUUACGCGGUACCUUUCAUCAUAACCAGCAAUCAUUAUAUGGCAUAUCGUUCAGAGUAAACUCGUAUCUUUGUAGAAGACCUCUACACUCAUUGGAACUAACCUACCUGGUGUUUUAGAAGUGGAAUCUAAUGAUCCAGUUUAACUUAAUACUUUUCUUUGGUGUACCUGAUAUACCAUGUACAGAAAGCUCAGCUGCAUCGAUUGUUUUAAUGCUUAUGCUUUCACAUGUAUGCUAACAAGGCAAAGUCCUGCAUCUCAGCCAGGACUGCUGUGGCAUCGAGUUAUGACAUGGCUGGCUGCAGUGUUUUGCUGCUGCACACUCCCAGACAGAAACAAAAUGAAAUGCAGAGGCACAUGAACUACAGCACAGCAGCAGUAGAAUGCAAAGUAGAGUGUGUUGUUUCAUCUGUUCUGCUUGUUUGCUUUUGUGUCAUUUAUGUGGUAUUGCAUCUGUACCAAGUGGUUUGCAUGGGGCUCUACUGCGAUAUAACAAGAAUGUGUGUACAUAUUACCAUUUAUCACAAGUUGUCUAGGCUUAAAAGAAAGGAGAGGCUGAAGCUCUUACCAGUGCGUGUCGUCGUUGAGGGGAUGUUGGGAUGCCUCUUAAAUCAACACGAGUCUGUUGUCACGCACGUAUGCUGGGCCCGUUGUGGUCUUAACCACGCUGCUCAAGGGACAGGUGGCUUUUCUGUAUAACCUGUGAUAUCGUAGUGCAACCGAUUGGCUGCUAGGCUAUCCAGUCGCCCUUUUUCUCUUUUUUUUUUCCCCCUUGCGACUGGAAAGCAAAGAUGCAUGAAGUAGUGGCAGUUUGUACAGUGAUGGCCUCAUGAACAGGAUUGAUUUGUGGGCUUUAUUCCAAAGUAACAUAGGGUCUGUGAAAAAUUGCAUAAUGGAAAGCUCCAGGUGAAUUUCGACAAUGUGCGUGUCUGACUUCUACUGUCAUUGGAACAUGGCUGCUGCAGCCAGGAUUGUACCCAUGACCUCAUAACCAGCCGUGGAAAGCCAUAGCCACUUGGUCAUUAUGGCAUGUGCCUCAUCAAGACAUGUUGGCUUUGGAACAUUUUUGCUUCACAUUUUCGUGAGCUGAAGGUGGUAUAAGAAAGAGAAGUUGGCAGAGCACGCUGUGUUUAGAGCACAUUAGGUUUAUGUGCCAUCAGAAAUCACCUUCAGCAGAAUUACUAGAAGGGGUGAAUUCCUGGAGCGGAUGACCUUUUGUUGUAAUGUAUGGCUGUUGGGCAUAACGCCUGAAUAAUUGUUGCUGACCACUUGAAAGGGUGCUCAAAUUUGGCUCUCUGACGAAGUUAGCACUCUUGUCAGAUUUGUAGUUACAGUGUACAACCUUGUAACGGCACCUGCUAGAUUUUUACAAAAUUUAAUCUGUUUACUGGCCCUGCUUUUUUUUUAAUGGCAGGGAGAUUCAUCAGUACAACAUUUCUGAAUUAGCGUGGAUGGCGAGUGCAACUCGAGUUGCCUUGUAGACUGGUGGAAAGGCGGUUGGCAGUUGUUGGGACAGAGUUUCAUUUCUCACAGUCAUCAGUGCUGCAUGCCAAUGUGUAAGCAAAGCAACUAUAACCUACUCACUGAAAUGCAAUUGAGGGUAAAAAGGCCACAGAUAAACCAGCAGACCUGUAAGUUGCGUGAUGUGGCAAAAGAUGAUGAAUGGUCAGUUUUUGGCAUUUAAACAUUGGCAGUUUGGGAAAAUCUGGUUCAAAGUGUCUAAAAGUUAAAUGUUUCCAUUAAAAUUUCAGUCAAACUGCACAUUUGAUAAUAAUAAAUACGUAGCUAUUGAAUGUAAACCACACUCAUACUAGGAGGUGGGUACUCUCCAUAGAAUCUCACAAGAUUCAUGUAUUUCCUUUGCAUUCUCUUAAUUUGCAUUACAUUGUGCCAUCUGGUGCUAGCCUGGUUUCAUUUUAUUGUGGCAAGAAAACUGUGAUAAUGCAGAGAAACAAAAGCUAGACGUUUUUGGUGUGAAGCUUUAGAGAUAUUGAUGAUAGAAUGACAGAAUUGUGACCCAUGCAGUGGGCAUGUGCCCUCACUUGCUGUGACAAAAUCACACUGCAUUUUUACUCUUUAGAGUACAAUUUAAUUGUAUUCUUUUGCAAAGGUACCUCAUGUGGGCCCCUGCCGAUGCCUCCAUUUUUUGCUUAAAUCAACUGCAAGAUAGUUUUUGCGAGCUCCUUCCUGUAUAAGAAAGUAGGAAUGGAUUUUUGUGUUAUAAAAGCUGAAUAAAUAUUGAAACAAUGGGUGUUAAAGAUAAAUUACCAGCUGCGGUAAUUUGAAUUUGUUUUGAGUAGAUCAUAUUCUGAUAGAGAUUAAGUUUAGAGAAAUAAGUGAAUUUGGUAACCAUGUAAUCUGUAGAACAGGUAGCUACUGGUCUCUUGGAGAGUUGAAUUGAAUUGAAUUCUAGGGUUUUAUGAGCAAAACCACCACUUGAUUAUUAGGCACGCCGAAAUGGAGGACUACGGGUUAAUUUUUGACCACCAGGGUAUCUUUAACAUGCCCCCAAUGCAUGGCACAUGGGCAUUUUUGCAUUUCACCCCCAUCGAAAUGCAGCCAUCGUGGCUGGGAUUUGAUCCAGCGAUCUCAUGCUUAGCAGCGCAACACCAUAUCCGCUAAGCCACCACGGUGGGUUCUUGGAGAGUAACAGAAUAGAUCACAAGAGAAGUGCAUUGGAAGGCUGCAGAAUGCUGGAUAGAGUGAUGAGAUUGUGAAGUUUGUGGGCAGAUAGAACGAAUUAGGUUGAAUCAAGGCAGGGAUCAUUUAAAGUCGCAGGAGGGGUGUACUGUGUACUGCAGUGAGCGUAGAUAGGCUGGUAUCUAAAAGCCCAUAGGCAUGGUAGUCACUGUUGUUGGAGCCAUCAUGAUAGUUUCUCUGUUUUUCACACCAGUACAUCUCCUAUGGUCAGCAUGUUGGAUGCUUUGUGGGCAGCUUUGUGUGCAGUAGUGGUGGUAGCAUCACAUGCUAGCCAGGAAAGCCACUCGUGUCCUUAGCAGUAAAGCUGUGCACCUUACCUCAUUAUGGGUGCACACAUUUGUGUGCUUGGUCCUUCCCGCCACCUCCAAGCGUUUAUGUCCUUGUACUCCCACUGGAGUUCUUACUUUUGACUUUAUGUAUUGUUUGUUGUGUACCAUCACAUUGUUGGACAUUUCGGGCAGGAAGCUUUGGUCGGUCCUCUUACCUUGUUUGUUAUUUUGACCACCCAUAACCUUAAGAUCAUUCCACAUUAUCCUGCGGCACUUCUUGAAAGUUUUAUUUUCCCACACCUCAAGGACAUGAGGGGAAAGAAAACAUGGCGGCCAAGGCUUCUAACAAAGGCAGUCCAAAUAGCUAUGUGGCCUAGGCUUCUCUGCCCAUGGCUGCUUGUCAAGCUUGAAAUGGAUGUAGCAUCAGUUACUUCGGCCAUUUUUCUAAUGUAUAUGUUCCCAAAGUAUGCUUUUUUGGAGAAAAUUGAAUGGCAUGUAAUGGCAAGGAAAGCUAUGGAACGUUGCUGGUGUUGCUGGUGCUGCUGCUUGGAAUACAGUGCAUGGGAACAUUACCUCACAAGAGGCAGUACAGGAGUCUGGCUAGCUUGAUGCUAUUGUGUAUGGUUCGAGCCAUUUAGGGUUUAUUGCAAUACUAUGUGUAGGGAAAAUCUGGCACUGCCAUUUACACGAGUUUCUUGAAGGGCACUGUGAAAUUAAGGGAAAAAUGGGCUAUACCCAUGCAAUGCAAAAAUUUAUUGUAGACAUCUAGGAGAGGUCUUCACAAGAAUAUGCAGAUGUGCUGUAGUAGUCUAAGUCAAGUGAUGAUUUAGCCCUAGAAUUCCAGAAAAUGUGUAUCAAGUGCAAAUGCUGCACUUGUAGGCAUUUUAUAGGUGAAUCUGUAAGAGCACAUUUAUAUGUCUGUGAGACAAGCCUCAUAUAGUAUAUCUAGUGUUCUUUUAGUGUAUAUGCGUGCAGUUCAUAAGAGUUACAGUUUGAGCAUAUUCACUUCUUAAAAGGUGUCUUUCAGCCAUUUUGCAGCAUAUGCAUACACACAUGUUAAAUGCUGUACAGGUUAAAGUUGGCUAUAUCGAAAACAUUCAGAUAAUGUUAUCCUUACUUGUUGUUUAUUUCUAAUACAAAAGAGCCUUUAGAUGUCUAUCAAUAGACAUAUUGAAAAAUUGUUCAUUUAAAGUGUUGCCCGAGACCAAGCUGUUAACUGUUUCAAGAUGCCUGCAGGAAGUCUUGUGUUCCAUGGUUAGAAGGCUUAGCUUGAAUAAUGCUUGGCUUAAAACAUGGUCAUGACUGCACAAUAUAGCUUUCUUAGAGCGAAACUUCAUUAAGAAAUUCUUGUUUCUUUUAUAACACACUUUGCAUUAAUGUUUACUUUCAUAAUGUAAAACAAGUAAAUGAAGGAAAUGGAAAGGUACAAUUCAAACCAGCGCAUUGUGAGUGCAGACCAUUUCACCUUUCCUUCAACUUUUUCAGCACACUGCUGCUGUUCACAUUCAGUAUAACUAUGCUCUAGUGUGAUUGCUUGUGUUUUUAAUGACAAAUGUUUUACAUAAUAGACAAAAAGAAGGAUGAUCAACAAAGAAGUAUGAUAACUGAGUUCUAAAGAAGCCAAAGACUCAUCAUAGAAAGUUUCGUGAACUUUUGCUUCACCAAAAAGGUGCAAGUAUGAGAAAACAUAUAGAAAUUGGUGAUGUCACACUGACAUACCUGUACUGUGGUUCGGGCAUGAUAUUCAAGAAAGGGAAGUUCCGAUUUCAUUUGAUCCUGUACUAAUCAACAUUGCUCUUGGGACAGGAAUGAGAGUAGAGCCUUGAUAGUAAACUACACUUGUCUAUAUAAAUUGAUUUAGCAUUUCUCUUUCGUGUCCCUUUAAAGGAGGACAGACAAUAUUUUCGACUUGCAGAUAUUUUUUUCCUUGCAUUCAGUACAGGUCCAAACUCCUCUAAACCUUGGAAAGAAUACCAACAUGCAUCAGAGUGCCCUCAAUAAUUUACUACUAUAGUUGUUUGUAGAGCCAGUUUCAGUUUCUAUAUCCCGGAAGUGUACGCAUCAUAACUUUAUGAUACAUUUUAAUGCUCAUUCCAGUGCCUGCCACAUGCAAGCACACGCAAAAUAACUGUGUGAAGCACUCUCACUUGUUUUUUUUCAUUAGCAACGUCAACAUACAUGGGCUUACUGCUACACGAUGUCAGAAAUUUUGCUCUGUAUCAUGACGUCACAAUAAUGUUGAUGCCAGCUUUAGUGUUUCAAGACCAACUUUAGUAUCAAAUUAAAAUAUAUAUUUCCCAACCGUCAUACUUGCUAAGUACAAACCUUUUAUGUGUGAGAAGAGUGUGGUAGUGUUUCUAGAAUUUCAAAAUUAUGUGUCAGUACUUCUUUAAGUUAAAAAAGAAAUUAACUCAAAAGGCCAGAAUUUGGCUUUGCCAGCAGAUGGUUAUACUAGUUGAAUCUGCCUGGCAGUGCUCAUUAUGCUCUCUGUCAGCUGCAGAGAUGACAGUAGUCUUUAAAUCUAGCUGGAUGAACCAUGCUAUCUGAACCAUAUUAUCUGUUCUAGAUGUUUCCUGUUACAAUGUGAACCAUAAAAUUUGAUCUUGGUGUGAAAAAAGAAAGCUACGAAAAGCACACACACAAACACACACACACAAACAAAAGCUGUUUGUGUAAAUUUUUAGGUCACUGCAAGAAAAGUUGAGCACAUUAAAACAACAAUGCUUAAUUUCUCUAAGGGCUUUCUUUUUUCUGUGGUGCUGUUCUAGUGCACUGUGUUUCAUUAGUAGCAGGUGCUAGGCAGGUUGUUGACUUGAAAGCGCUCGGGGUGCAUUCUGUAGCUUAAACACUGCUGUCCAGCUUUUACAUUUCACGUGCACUUUUGUCACGAUAGGGCGAAUUUUUCUUGCUGAGACAUAAAACUUAAGCGCAUUGAUGUCAUUGCAAGUAGUAACUUGAAUUAGCCUCGGAACAUGCUCAGAUAUAAAUUAAAGUGUGCUUAUGCCUGCUGAUUUGGUUGUACUGAGCUCACAUCUAGAAGGUUUGUGGACUAAAAAAAGGCUUGACAUCCUUUAAAGGAAGCCUUGAAGGGAGUAUGCUCUCUUUAAGUUGAACAUGACAUUGCAUGUAUUAUUUUAAGCAGCUGAGUUCAGCAGAAAUACACUAAAUUUAUGAAAAGGUUAUCAGACUCAUCAUCAUAUGGGAAUUCAUCCUUGUAGAUUUUGCUGUAUUAGCAUGGAUAGAAUUAAGUUGGUGUAUAUUUGUUGCAACAGAACAUGUAACUGUGACUUGCGUGUGCCCCUAGGCCAGAAAAUACAGAAAAGUAAAGCUGCUUAAAUUAAAAACACUAGUCUCCUGAUUGCAGUAGCUAUGCAAAACAAUAAUGCAAGGCAUUCUGCCAUUGAACCUAGUAACAACAAUAGGAAUGGAUUCAUCAGUGCAACAAGGACCAGGAUUGACUCAGCACUAUAACUAUUGACCAACUCAAUAAUGAUGACAUUGUUGAAAAGAUGCCUUGGAUGUGGGGAGCUUUAUAAUAUAAGGCUUUUGGGUACUUGGAGCACAUUAAGCUCAGCAUCUGCUAUGUGCUUUUGGAUUUUGGAUGUAUUGCAAUCAGUAGAGGGCUACUUCAACAACCGUUAUUAAAGCUGAAGCCUUUCGAUCAGUGGCAGAACAGCAGAGCUGCUAUGCCAAUGCAAGUUAUAUGGAUGUAAACAAUAGCAUUGUCAUUUCUCUAGCACAUGUGGUUACCGGACGACUGGAAGGGUAGUGAUUUUCAGGCACGCCAGCACUUCUGUUAGUGUGGUGACAAAAAAGCACAGUAUGUCUUCAGAAAAUUGAAGAGAUUACUUAUCUAUAUACACCUUAGGCAUACCUGCGUGCACCUCGCAUGCCUGCAUAGAAAAAAAAUUUAGAGUUUGUUUGGAAUGGGUUGCCAAGUGCUGCGUGGAGAGUUGUAACAAUUCUCAUAGAUGCCUAAAUCCUGUGUAGCAUGCAACCUACAUCUGGGUUGUGAAAAGAAUACUCAUUUUUUUCUUCUUAUUUAUAUAUUAUGUUUACAUAAUUCAGCUGAGACAUGGAUAGAUUUGUGUUCUUGUUCCAGCACUUAUUUUUUUUGGUGCAUUUUUUGUUUUAUAGUCCCCUUUUGGACUGCAUGUGCUUUUCUAAGUUGUUUGCUGUCAUGCCUGUGAGUUGUGAUAUGAGAGUUUAUUUUGCUUCUCAUAGCACCCUUGGGAAGAUACUAAAUGAUGUGCGAGCUACACUUAUGCUUUCAUUUGAUGUCUGCAAGUGCGUAACAUUGAUCAAGCUUAAUUUUAUUCACAUUAAAUUGCAGUGGUGCUGUUCAUGUCGCACCUCACAGUCAUCUGAGCAAAUGCCGUUAUAGUGUUGUUGAGAGCCGUAUUAUACACAGGUUAUUUAUUUUCCCCUCUUGCCUUGGCUAUGUGAGCUGCACUUUUGUGUCUCACUUGUCCUUGUUUGCCCCGGUGUGUGUGGACAUAUGCACAUGCUAGACACAUUUGUUGAAUUGUAAGCCUGCCGUCUAGCUGCUUUCAUGUGAACGCUGAAUUGCAACACCCCUGCCCCCUCGCUUUGUUAGAGGCUGUGGUCAUAAUGCCUAGGUUGCUGGGUGCUGCUGCAUUGCAUUGGGCUGGACGAACUGGCAGUCAGCGACAGAUGCCAGCAUUUGCCUUGAUGUAUGGGGCCCCGCAAAUAUCAUUGUUAGUGUUGUCAUUUCAUUGUGCUAUUUUGUAGUCAUCUCCUCCUUAUUCAAAUAAGCGACUUCUUGUGUACCGUGUUGUCUUUGGGCUCUCUUACAUAAUGCCACAUCAGGACCUGCUUCUGGCCUGUGCAGAGCUAUACUAUGCUUGUCAAUUAUUGGUGUAAACUUUUGUUGCAUGUAACCUUCGUGCACUUUGUGACAGCUUGCAAUUCCCUUUCAUUUUUUUCCGUACCUGCUAAGGAAAAUUUUUCUGCAUAUGCAAGAUGUUAAGACAUCCCAACAUUUAGUAAUAAUGUGCAUAUAUGUGACCAUAGAUAUUUGCAGCAUGGUCUCAUAACAACUAUGGUAAACUAAUCUAUAUGCCCUGCCCAGACAGUUUUCCCAUAGCAGGUAACUAGGCUGAUAGUAUAAAUAGUUGUCACAAAAUGGUGACACAAAUAAUAGUGGCUACACAUCUGUGCACUGUCUGAAAGUCUUUAGGCAUUUAAAAUUACAUUAUGAUCAUGCAGAUGUGCCACAUGCUGUAUAUUCGCAACAACUGUUUACACUGCACCACACUAACAGCACAUCUUGUGCACAUUAUGCGGGGUCUCACUAUAUCACUGCAGCUGGCCACGUCCGGCUCCAACUUGUUUGCUCCCAGCCCAUGUAGAGGUUAUGUCUUUCUGCCAUGCCCUUUACUUACUGUCUCCUCAUUAAAUGUGUUGAUGGGGGACAUUGUGUAUUCUGUACAUUUCGAACUGUGUUCUUGCGUGUUGACAUUACAGUGGAAUAUCCUCUGAUCUGCUGUCACGGGGAAUAAAACAAGACACGGUUUUCUUUUCUGUGUCUUUAAUUGUGCAUUUCUUGUGCCCAGCACAGCUAGUACAGUCUUAUGCAUGUUUCUCCCCUGAAACUUGCAUAUCUCAGUGUGCUUAGCAGUAUCAGUCAGCCUAGCUGUACUAACGCAACCCUGUUAACAAUUCUGGUCCUUGAUGAAGGUCUUUUUUUGUAUAU